ACCUAUCCAAAUGUCCUGAAAACGAAAAUGUGAUUAAUUGCAAUUACGCGUGAGAUUAUAAAGGCGAGUGUUGUCAUGCUCUAAACAGUCUCUAAGACAUCUGGUCACUCCCUCCUUGUGUGCGCGAGAGCGGAUACACUGGAGCGCUCAGUGAUUGACUGUGGGAGUGCGAUUGCUCUACUGAGGUUGAGACACGAGAAUCGCGAUUGCAUCAAGACCAGCUAUUGGUAGAGAUGCUUUUUUAAACUUUAUACACUUCAAAUCGGUUGAAGAGAAGUAUUAGUGUUGUUUAAUGUUAUUUUUUAAGACGCGGUAAGAGUGUUGACGUUUGACUAUUUUUUUUCUAUGCAGAGAGAAAUAUUCUCUCCACUCGCAAAACACCGGGAAACAUGUUUUACUUUCACUGUCCUCCACAGUUAGAAGGAGAGUGCUGCAGGACCAAUACAUUGAACACAAGUGGGUUUGGGAAUCACGCCUCUGGAGAUUUUGAUGACGGGUUUCUGCGCAGAAAACAACGCAGAAACAGGACAACCUUCACUUUACAACAGCUGGAGGCUUUGGAGGCUGUUUUUGCACAGACCCACUAUCCAGACGUGUUUACUCGAGAAGAGCUGGCGAUGAAAAUCAACUUAACAGAGGCUCGUGUUCAGGUGUGGUUUCAAAACCGGAGGGCAAAGUGGAGAAAAACGGAGAGAGGAACUUCGGACCAGGAGGGAGGCAAAGAGCAAAUGAGUGAAGGUGCACCUCCUGCAAGAAACCUCAACCAGUCUCCUGUUGACCAUGGCCGAAAUAAGAAAGAACCAAUGGAACUACAGCAAAAUAUCAAUAGAGUCGUGGGUUCAGGCGGACCUUUUUUCCCAUCUUGUCUGCCAGGGACUCUGCUGAACACAGCCACUUAUGCACAAGCCCUGUCACAAGUGGCAACUUUAAAAGGAAGUCCAUUGUGUUCCUGCUGUGUGCCUGACCCAAUGGGCCUCUCCUUCCUGCCACCAUAUGGGUGCCAGAGUAAUCGGACAGCCAGUGUCGCGGCCCUGCGGAUGAAGGCCAGGGAACACUCAGAGGCCGUUCUUCAGUCAGCUAACCUGCUGGGCGCUGGGUCUACAACAGGCCCAGGAGUCGGUCUGGGACAAAGCACUGUUUCUGCAGGAGGAAGCGAUUCCAGUCCUGCCUCCGGCACCUCAAAGGUCACAUCGUUACGAAGAACUCCAGACAAGCAUCUGCACUGCCAAAAGGAGGGUCCGGAUAAGAAAUGAGGGAAUCUUGGUUGUUGUUGUUUAAUUUUUCCUUAUUGGAGGACACACUUUGGAUGAAGGAUUUAUAAUCAGACAUUGAAUGCCUGCUGCCUCUUUUUUGAGAGCACUGACAUACCCUGGACAGGACGGUGUUAAGUGCAAUCCCUUAUUGUGCAUUUUGUGUUUGUAUGUGUCAAACUAAUAAUUCAAUUGUAAUUUUUUCCUCUUCUCGUUCACUUUUACUCACGAUUCUUGACGUUGUUUUGCCCUGUUCGGGUCUGUGUGGGCGCCUGCCGCUGCAAUUCGGUUUCAGUGGUGGAAUGACUUCGUUUUGAACAUGCUGCGUGGCAUAUGAAAACUCCCUGGUUGCUAAUGUGAACAUUUCAUGAUUUUUCACAACCCACUUUGAUGUUUGACUUGUGUACUGUGAAGUCAGGUGAUGAUAGACAGUCUGCAUUGUGUCAAGAUAUAUGCCAUGCUGAAACUAUAAAUGUACUAAUGUGAAAUAAUAUAUGUAAGAUUAUAUCAAGGACAGAACUGUAUAUUAAGUGGUUUGUCAUGUUUUAUGAUAUGAUCAGGGUAACUCUUACUCAUGCUGAUGCGAUGACAACUGACACCUCUCUUGUCAUCACAUCUGUACCUCCAUGAUAGACUGCAAGAGUCCACACACUGGUCCUGUUUUGACAUGUUCUGCAAAACAAUUAAAACAUGUAGGCAAUCAUGUACAUCUCCUGUUGCCUAUUGCUCACAC